AUGUCGCUGGCAGAAGCUCUCCUCUCGAGGGCCCAGACAAAGAGGUCUGCUCUCACUGACAAAGCCUUGUCAAACACUGCCGAUGCCGCGAAAGGCGGACUGGCCACCUUCUUGGCCAAGGCCGGAGAUUCAUCCAAGAAUGCUGUCGCUUUCAGUGUCGCAAGUAGCGGCGCUCGUGCUCCAGCUUCUAUUCAAAUCACAUCGUUUCACCCAGAAAAAACACUGCCGCCGGCCAACUAUGCUUCGCUGGCUACCGCUCAGCUUAUCCGAUCCGUCCGCUUGAUUUUGGUCAGCACUUGGCGGCGUCCUGACACGAGUGCUGCUCGCCAACCUCUCCAGCAGCUGUAUAGCACCGCCAACGUCCUGGUGAUGUACUGCUCUGCUGAAGAGUUGGACCAUCUGUACGACUCUGUCAAGAUUGAAAUCGAACGCGCGGUUGGCAACUGGGUGGCUACGUUGCACAGCUCCGCCUCCAUCACAGACUUGCUACAGGACAAGGUUGGCUGGCUGGUAGAGCUCAGAAGCAUCUGGUUUGAGUGGAGUGAUAAUCUGGCUUUGGUUCGAAACAUUUUGUACUCCCUGGACCGCUAUGUUCUUAACCGCAGGACUGCUGAUGGCUAUUACCGAUCCAAGAGCUUUGUCUCGCAUGAUGACCGCAUCUCCAUUCGCGACCUUGGCCUCAAGGAAUUUGGCCAUCACAUCUUGAAGGAUGCCACGCUCUUCCGCACAUUUCUCAAGUGCAUUGUAGGCGCUAUCGAUGGCAAGCGAAAGUUGCUCUUGACUUAUGGAAAAUUGCACCAUGAUCUCCUCACUAUGCUCGGCCAACUCCAGGCCGAAGAUGCUCUCGACGAUGCAGUUUCAAAGGCGACAGAUGUCUUUUACCAGGCAGAGUCCACCGCUUCUAUCGCAAGCUUGUCACCCACAGAGUAUGUCGAAUAUGCCUGGGGUCGCAUGAGCGAAGAGCGGGAUCGAAGCCAGUGGGCUCUAUCCACCGGAACAGGCCAACACAAGAUGAUAGCUGCUGCGCGCAAACAACUCGUAACACAGCACGCCGAUACAAUCCUUGCUGCACUGCCCGAUCUUGUCACUUCUGGAAAUUGCGAUGGCCUCGACAAGAUGUAUCAACUGGCCAACUGCAGCGACCGCCUCGCUGACCUGCGCAAGGCCUUUGCAGAAUUCAUCAAGACACACGGCGCUGCCAUUGUUGAAGAUCGGGAGAGGGAUGACAAGAUGAUCGAGGGGCUGCUGGCCUUCAAGUCGUCCAUCGACCGCGUCGUCCACCACAGCUUCGGCGGUGAUGACGACUUUGUUCUUGCCCAAAAGCAAGGCUUCGAAUUCUGUAUCAACAAGCGCGAGACCAAAGUUGCCGAACUUAUCGCCAAGUACCUCGACGCCAAACUACGCAGCGGGAACAAAACCAUGUCGGAUCUAGAGCUCGAAAACAGCCUCGAUGAAGCGCUCAUCCUCUUCCGCUACACACAAGCCAAGGACAUGUUUGAAGAGUUUUACAAGCGCCACUUUGCCAAACGGCUGCUGUUGAACCGAUCUGCCUCUUCGGAUGCGGAGCGAAGCAUGUUGCUCAAACUCAAGGCAGAGUGUGGGCCUGAGUUCACCGCCAAGCUCGAGACGAUGAUCAAGGACGUCGAGGUGUCCAAGGAUCUGAUGGAUGAAUACGUCCGCUUUGCUGCUAAGCAACGCAAAGACGAGCCAUCACCCAAAGACGACUUUGAUCUGAGCGUUAGUGUGCUAACGCAAGCGCAUUGGCCCACGUAUCCCAACAUUGACGUGGCUCUGCCGGUCGAGCUUGCCGCCGCAGCCGAACGGUUUGCGGCCUUCUACCAGAAUCGCAACAGUGGGCGUCGCUUGCAUUGGCAACACUCGCUCGGUACGUUGACCAUGACGGCGAAAUUCGAAAAAGCGGGCGUUAAGGAGCUCCACGUAAGCACCUUCCAAGCGAUCAUCCUCAUGCUCUUCAACACGCUCGAGCCGGGUCAGAAGCUGAGCUACGCCGACAUCCGCACCCAUACUGGACUCAACGACCAAGAGCUCAAGCGGACCUUGCAGAGUCUCGCGUGUGGUCUGAUCCCCACCCGCGUGCUUCGCAAACAUCCUCAAGGCAAGGAAGUCAACGAUGAUGACCAUUUCACGUUUAACGACAACUUUAAGAACGACCGUCACCGCAUUCGCAUCAACCAGAUCCAGAUGAAGGAGACGGCCGAAGAGCAAAAGUCGACCGAGCAACGGGUGUUUCUCGAUCGAGAGCUUAUCCUUCAAGCGGCGACGGUGCGUGUUCUCAAGGCCAAGAAGACCAUCAAGCAUUCCGAGCUCAUCACUGAGGUCGUCGACCAGAUCAAGAAUCGCUUCACGGUGGAUGUCGCCGAGAUAAAAAAGGAGUUUGAGAUCUUGAUCGAGAAGGAGUACAUGGAGCGCGUCGAAGGUCAGCGAGGCAUGUAUCGCUACCUUGCUUAG